GCAGCCGUGGGGCAGCAAUGGGGGCCGCCUGCAGGGCAGGGACCGGCUGGGGCCGAGCUGCCCCGGGGGCCGCGUCACCCCGUGGGGUUCAAAACAGGGCCCGGAAAACCUCCUCGCCCUGUGCCAGUGUCCCCUAGUCCUUGUGUCCCCCAGCCCUGCCCCCUAUCAUCGUGUCUCUUGUGCCCUCACACCCUGUCCCCCUCUCAUCGUGUCCCUUGUGUCCCCCGGCCCUGCCCCGUGGCUCGGUGUCCCUCUCUCAUCGUGUCCCUUGCGUCCUCCAGCCCUGUCCCUCUGUCAUCGUGUCCCCUGUGUCCUCACACCCCAUCCCCCUGUCAUCAUGUCCCCCAGCCGUGUCUCCCCAGCAUCGUGUCCCUUGUGCCUUCGCGUCUCCCACCUGCGCCACCCUCAGUGUCCCCCAUCCUUCUGUCCCUGAGUCCUCGUGUCCGUCUCCAUCCUCCUUGUGUCCCCUCUUCCCACAUCCCUCUGUGCAUGUUCUCCCAUGUCCACGUCUUCUUGUCCCCAUCACCCUGUGUAUCCCUGUCCCAGUGUCCCCAUCCACAGGCAGACGCGAGCUGGGGGACCCAAAGAUUCUCUUGGAGGGCACCCAUGGGUCCUGUCCUUGGCGAGGGGCCCUCAUGCCAUGCCCCAUCCCACAGCGCUGGCGGCCGCCUCCCCCGGGGGGGAUGAAUGCCUGGAGGAGGAUGAGGAUGAGCUGGAGCAGGGGCUGGAUGAGGUGGAGGCCGAGCCGGAGGCCGGGAGCGGGGUGAAGGCGGCAGGGAGCACCCGGGGGGCUGUGCUCACCCGCCGCGGCAUCACGCUCCGUGUCCUGCUCCGCGAUGGGUUCCUUGAGCCAGCCCACGGUGUCCUCUCCAUCUACUACCUGGGCAAGAAGUUUGUUGGGGACCUGAGAGCAGACGGGACCAUCACCUGGCAGGAGACGGGGCAGGUCUUCAACUCACCCAGCGCCUGGGCCACCCACUGCAAACGCCUGGUGAACCCCGCCAAGAAGUCGGGGUGCGGUUGGGCAUCCGUCCGCUACAAGGGCCAAAAGCUGGACCAGUACAAAGCCGCUUGGCUACGCAAGAACCAGCCCAACGCACCGCCUGCAGAGGAGAGCCUGGCCAGCGAGGGCGAGGAGGAGGAGAUGCCUGAGGAGGAAGAGGAGGAGGCGUCGAGGGAGGGUCGGGCACCUGUGCAGGAGCUGGUGGCUGCCAAAAAGUUGGAGGAGAGGAGCAAGAAGCAGCAGUGCAAGAACCUGGUGGAGCCGGCAGGGAUGGGUAAGGUGACACGGGGGUCCUGGGGGGACCCUGGGCAGCCUGGUGGUGGUGACGGGGCGUUGUGCUUCACAGAUCACGGCCAGCCAGCGAAAAGGCUGGAGAGUAAACCUCGAGUGCCCGUCCGCUACUGCACCCUGGGCACCCGCGACUCGGCCAGGAAUCCCCAGACGCUGGUCGAGGUGACGUCCUUUGCUGCCAUCAACAAGUUCCAGCCCUUCAAUGUGGCCAUUUCUAGCAACGUCCUCCUGCUCCUGGAUUUCCACAGCCACCUUACACGGAGCGAAGUGGUGGGCUACCUGGGUGGGCGGUGGGACACCAGCACGCAGUUACUGACCGUGCUGCGAGCCUUCCCGUGCCGAACACGCCUGGGUGAUGCCGAGGCCGCCAGCACCGUGGAGGAGGAGAUCUGUCAGAGCCUGUUCCUGCGCGGGCUGUCGUUGGUGGGGUGGUACCACAGCCACCCCUUUGGCCCCGCUCUGCCCACCCUGCACGACAUCGAUGCGCAGAUGGAUUAUCAGCUCAAGCUGCAGGGUAGCGGCAACGGCUUCCAGCCCUGCCUGGCCCUCAUCUGCGGACCCUACUAUCAUGGGAACUCUGGCGUGGAGUCCAAAAUUGCGCCCUUCUGGGUGAUGCCACCACCAGAACAACGGCCUAAUGACUAUGGCAUCCCCAUGGAAGUGGAGGUUGCCUACAUCCAGGACGGCUUCCUCACCAAUGAUGUCCUGCAGGAGAUGACGCUGUUGGUGGAGUUUUACAAGGGAGCCCCUGACCUGGUGAAAUUUCAGGAGAUGUGGAGUCAGGACCAGACCUACCUGGACAAACUGAAGGGCUCCCUGGCCUCCCGCACGCCCAAAGACCAGAGCUUUGCCCACAUCCUGGAGCAGAUCUACAGUCUCCUCAAGCUUAGCAGCUGAAGGGCCGGGAGCCUCCUCUGACUCGGACCAGGUGCCUUCCCAGCAGCCUGGGCUCAGCUCGGCAGCUCCCCCAGCCUGAGGGGCUCAUCCUGACCCAGUGCGGGGCAGCGCUGUGGGGACCCACCUUGCCCACCGCACCAGGGAGUUCACCUGAGGGGUCCCAGGACUCCACUGGCUCCUGCCCUGCCUGGAGCGGCUGUCCGGUGGCUGUGCUGGCGCCAGGGCAGCGGUGGAGGGGGGUGUUGGUGGGAAAUCUUGGCUGUAAGUUCUUUGUGGAAGUGGUAGUUCAUUAAAAAGCAGUUCUUGAGAUGGAGCCGCUGUGUGGCUCCGAUGGCCUUGGGGACAUUUUGAGGGAUGAUAGCUACCAGCCUGCUGCCUGGUUUCAAGGGGCUGAACCAGAGGGACAUUCAUCUGGGGCUGCUUCUCCGUCCCACCGCGGCUCUUGAAGCUCAGUCUUGCCCUCGCAGAGAAGACACCCAAGUUAGAAAGAAGAAAACAUUUAAU